AGGAAGCGUCCAGUGCGUCGCGUCGCGCGUUUGCCAGUAGUCAGGUGAUCGGUCCUCCAUUUUGUCAGCCAUUUCCUUCCCUGGUCCUCUGCAGAUCAGCGCUUACAGAAAGAGCGAAACCCCUUCAACACAGGCCCCUGUGUGAGAGACUGAAUGAGAGACUAGCGCUCCAGCGGGCCGGUCAGUACUCACUUAAAGCCCGUGUUUUGGUUCGGUCCGGUCGGACAGGAGGGAUAUCACCAUGGCUCUGAAAAUCGUGAAGGGAAGCAUCGAUCGGAUGUUCGAUAAAAACCUGCAGGAUUUAGUACGUGGCAUUAGAAACCACAAGGAAGAUGAGGCCAAAUACAUCUCUACAUGCAUCGAUGAGAUCAAACAAGAGCUCAAACAGGACAACAUCGCUGUUAAAGCCAAUGCAGUCUGCAAGCUCACCUAUUUGCAGAUGCUCGGCUAUGAUGUCAGUUGGGCGGCUUUCAACAUCGUGGAGGUGAUGAGCUCCUCCAAAUUCACAUACAAGCGAAUCGGCUACCUUGCAGCAUCACAGUGCUUUCAUGAGGGCACUGAUGUCAUCAUGCUGACGACCAAUCAGAUCCGCAAGGAUCUCAGUAGUCCUCACCAGUAUGACACAGGCGUGGCCCUGACUGGCCUUUCCUGCUUUGUGACCCCUGACCUUGCUCGCGACCUGGCCAAUGACAUUAUGACUUUGAUGUCCCACACUAAGCCGUACAUUCGCAAGAAGGCAGUGCUGAUCAUGUACAAAGUGUUCCUGAAGUAUCCCGAGUCCCUGCGACCUGCAUUCCCGCGCCUCAAAGAGAAGCUGGAGGACCCAGAUCCCGGUGUCCAGUCAGCAGCUGUGAACGUCAUCUGUGAACUGGCCAGAAGAAAUCCCAAGAACUACCUUUCCCUGGCACCCCUGUUCUUCAAACUCAUGACCUCCUCCACCAACAACUGGGUUCUCAUCAAGAUCAUAAAGCUGUUCGGUGCUCUCACUCCUUUGGAGCCUCGUUUGGGAAAGAAGAUGAUUGAGCCUCUAACAAACCUUAUCCACAGUACCUCAGCCAUGUCGCUUCUCUAUGAGUGUGUCAACACGGUCAUAGCAGUGUUGAUCUCGCUGUCCUCUGGGAUGCCCAAUCACAGUGCUAGCAUACAGCUCUGUGUGCAGAAACUGCGAAUCCUGAUUGAAGACUCAGACCAGAACUUGAAGUACUUGGGUCUUCUGGCCAUGUCCAAGAUCCUGAAGACGCACCCCAAGUCCGUGCAGUCGCACAAGGACCUGAUCCUGCAGUGUUUGGACGACAAAGAUGAGUCCAUCCGACUGAGAGCUCUGGAUCUGCUCUAUGGCAUGGUCUCGAAGAAGAACCUGAUGGAGAUUGUGAAGAAGCUCAUGCUGCAUGUGGACAAAGCGGAAGGCACCACUUACCGAGACGAGCUGCUCACCAAGAUCAUCGACAUCUGCAGCCAGAGCAACUACCAGUAUAUCACCAACUUUGAGUGGUACAUCAGUAUCCUGGUGGAACUGACUCGUCUGGAAGGUACAAGGCAUGGCCACCUAAUCGCCUCGCAGAUGCUUGAUGUCGCCAUCCGCGUCAAAGCCAUCCGAGGCUUCGCCGUGGCUCAGAUGGCCACCCUGCUGGACAACGCACACCUGCUGACGGGCAACACGCAGCGCAACGGGAUCUGCGAGGUUCUCUAUGCUGCCGCGUGGAUCUGCGGAGAGUUCUCCGAGCAUCUGGAAGACCCCAUGCAGACACUGGAGGCUAUGCUGAGACCCAAAGUGGCCACCCUGCCCGGUCACAUCCAGGCGGUGUACGUACAAAAUGCUGCCAAGCUGUUUGCGACCGUGCUGCGGAAGCACGAAGGGGAGACGGACAGCCAGGCCGCGCAGGAGACCAGCCAGCUGCUUAUAGACAGACUGCCACUCUUCGUCCAGAGUGCCAACCUGGAAGUGCAGGAGAGGGCGUCCUGCAUCCUGCAGCUGGUGAAGUACAUUCAGAAGCUGCAGCAGAAGAACGUGGAGGUGGCCGAGGAAGUGACGGCUCUCUUCGCCGGAGAACUCAAUCCCGUGGCCCCCAAGGCUCAGAAGAAAGUGCCUAUACCGGAAGGUCUGGAUUUGGAUGCUUGGAUCAAUGAGCCUCCGUCAGAGAGCGAGUCGGAGGACGAGAAGCCCAAAGCGGUGUUCACUAAAGAGGAACACAAACAUUCCAGAUCAAGACACACUGAGGUGGACGAGAAAGAGUUGGCCAGGAGGAGGGAAGCCAGGAAGCAGGAACAGGCCAACAACCCAUUCUACAUCAAGGCCUCGCCAUCAUCUCAGAAGGUGUACGACGCUCCAGGUGUAGAACACAUUCCGGUGGUGCAGAUCGACCUUAGUGUGCCUCUCAAAGUCCCAGGGGUGCCCAUGUCCGACCAAUACCUGAAGCUGGAGGAGGAGCGCCGGCAGAAGGAUAAGGCUGAGAGAAAGAAGAAGGAGAAAAAGAAAAAGCGGGAGAAGCGAGGGAAAGGGAGGAAGGCGGAUUCAGGUCCUGAGAGUGAGGAAGACAUCCGGCCAGCUCACCAGGUGGACAUAGUCACAGAGGAAAUGCCAGAGAAUGCCUUACCGAGUGACGAUGAUGAUAAGGAUCCCAAUGACCCUCAUAAAGCUCUGGACAUCGAUCUGGACAAACCGCUUGCCGACAGCGAGAAGCUUCCCGUGAGGACCCACCGUCCAGAGGUGCUGAAGAGCCCUGCUGAGGACCGAGUCCACGAGAGCAUCCCGCUGGAGACCAAGAAGAAGAGCGGUAAGGAGAAGAAAGAGAAGAAGAAAGGCAAGGAGAAGGACAGGAAGAGGAGCAAAGAGGAAAAGAAAAAGAAGAAACAUAAAGAAGUGGAGGAGGAGCUUCUGGAGUCCCAGCCGGAAGAAGCCGUCCAAUCAGAGGAGACCAAAGAGGCGGCAGCCCCGCCCACAUCUGCUGAGGCCUCCGAUCUGGAUUUCUGGCUCUGUAGCGCUCCUGUCCCCCCCGCCGCCCAGGAAGAGACGGCGCCCUCGUCUGCUGCUGCUGUGGACACGAGCUCUGCGGCUGCCCUAGAAUCUGAGCCUGAUGAGCCUAAAGACGCAGAACCAGAGGACACGAAAUCCUCUAAACACAAGAAAAAGAAGCAGAAGAAAGAAAAGGAGGAGAAGGAGAAGAAAAAGAAGAAGAGACACCACCACCAUCACCAUCACAGUGACGCCGGCGGAGAAGAUUCAGUGCAAAACGGCACCGUGGAGGAAGAGGAGCCUCUGCCACCCAUGUCCAACUACUCUCUGCUGGCCGAGAACUCCUACAUCAAGAUGAUGAAAGAAGAUGCUGAUCAGGUGUAUGACAUCCAGGGCAACCAUCAGGAUGAGAGCAAAGUUGUGGUAUCAGUCAUCUUUGAGAAUAAGAGCGACAGCUUCCUCAAGUCAAUGGAGUUCAAUGUGAUGGAUUCCCUCAACUCUAAACUGCAGCGGCCGGAGGGAGCCGGCCCUCACGACAGCCUCACCGUUCCCUUCCAGCUGCCACCAGGGGUUUCAAACGAGGCUCGCUUCGUGUUCUCAGUGCAGAGUAUUGUCAUGCCUCAGAAGCUAAAGGGAACCCUCACCUUUAUAGUUAAGUCGGACGAAUCCUCCACUCAUGAGAAACUGGACUUCAAACUGCACUUUACAUGCACAUCAUACCUGAUCACCACUCCAUGCUACAGUGACGCAUACGCAAAGCUGCUGGAGUCGGGCGACCUGAAGGGCAGCUCUCUGCGGCUAGAGGGGAUCAGCAUGCCCUUCCACCACCUGCUGGCCAGGAUCUGCUUCCACCAUCACUUCUCCGUUGUGGAGAGGAUUGACUCCUGCGCCUCCAUGUACAGCAGGUCGAUCCAGGGUCACCACGUCUGUUUGCUGGUCAAAACCUCCGAUCAGACCGUCUCCAUCGACGCCAAGUGCGACGAGCCAUCGCUGCUGGGGAAUGUGCUGGAUGAGAUCAAGCAGACCUUCUCGAAAUGCUGAUUGUGACCCUGAAACCCCCUGAACCCCAGUCCCAGCGCAGCCUGUCCGGCUGAACCACACGCUCAGAAUCAUAUAUCGCACUCUGAGACUCGUGUCCCUCCUCUUCCUUUCUAUUUAUUGGAUCAGUCGUUCUACUGUUCUUCUUUUAAGACCACAGAUUUCAAGCCCGCUCCUGUCUUUGUUUCCCCUCUUCGUCUCACUCUUUAUCCUCUUCCUCAGCUUCUUCAUCUCUCUUACAGUCCUUCCAUUGUCUUAACGGUCCAUGACUUUCAUCUUGAGAACUGGAUUUUUUUUCGUUGUCGAUGUGUGCGCUUUUUUUGUUGUUGUUGUUUGUUGCAUUUUUUUUUUUCUGUCCUGAACUCCAUCAGCGCCUUUCUCUGCAUUAAACAUCAGUGUGUCUGUUCCUUGCCAGUCUCAUCGCGUAUGUGUGUGUUGCUCUUUUCGAAGGCUAUCCCUCGCAGGACUGGUUUCAGACCAGAAAUCCGAUCCUUAAACGCUUAACUGCCUCUGAGCACUAAUGUCACUCUCAAGUGCAGUUGCACACAAAUAUGACAUAGAAGUACACAGGGUUGUAUCCUAUUUAGACCAUGUUUAUACUUCGUGAUAUCAUGUGAUGGCCAUAGUAUCGGUGUCUUAAUGUUGGGAGAUAAUACUACAGUUGCAUAUAAUUAAUUAAAUAACAAAACCUGCUCAGGAUAAUGACGGUUAGUAAAAGCGGCGAAAUAAAACCCGAUUAUUUCACAUCUCGCAAGUCCGAUAUAGUGAUUUUUUUCACAUUUAUGUUCCAGUUGAUGGACACUACAUUUUGAAAACAUUCAAUUUUUUUUGGAAAGUUUCCAGAAAUGUUCAGCCCCAUAGCUCAGAAUAAUUUUGAUUUGUACUGUAGGUUGUGAAAAAGAAACCAAUUAAUCGCAUCCAUAAUGAAAGAUUUGUUACGUAAUGUGUGUACUGCUUAUAUAUAGAAAUAUUUACAUUUGUAUAUACAUAUAUUUAUAUAUAUGUAUUUACACAUAUAUAAUAAAAAUCAUAUGAGUGCUCUCAAUCGAUUAAAAUAAUUAAAUCACUUUUAUUUUCAGAAAUUCAUCACGACUAAUCCCACCUAACAUUAAAGUUAUUAAAAACAUUUAUAUUGCAAUAAUAUUUGUUAAUGACAUCUUUUUUUAUGGCUGAAGCUGGGUUUCACUGAUACUAAUACUGAUGUCUCUGUUAAUUUUUUUUCUCUAAUAUUUAUCCAUGCACUAUUAGCCGUAUUUUACUUAUAGUAUAGUAUUUGAGAGCUAUCAAUUUGAACAUUUAUAAGAAAAGAAAAAACAAACAAAUUAAAGUAACUUAAACCAAUCUUCACAUAAACAUAAAUGUCAUAUUUAGCUACCUGUGGCCUUCUCAAAGUAGUAAAAAUAUAGAAAUUGAAUAAAGUUAAGCACUACAUUUAAAAAAAAACUCCCAAGGUUAUUGGUUUUCAGUUUUUUCUUUGUUCUUUGAGCAGCAGCUGGGUUAUUGCGUUAUUUUGGCUGCUUUAAGAGUUGCCACUGCUGAACAUGAUGCAGAUUAUAUAGAUAUUUUCUCAUAACUCUACCUUUUCUGACCCACUUCAGGUCUUAAAGUGUCUACUAAUGAGCUGACGAGUUGAAUGGGGUGUGUUUGAUGAGGGAGACUGGGCUGGGAUGCUCCAGGACAGUUCAGCAGUUCACAGACAGGUUCUUAAAUGUAAAUCAUCAAUAACAAAUACAUGAACAAUUUUAAGGGAGCUCUGGUAACUUAAUGACUUAACCGAACAUGACUAUGACUUUCGCACUUUAAUAUGAAUCUAUAAAGGCUACAGCACCUUUCUUAAAUAUAUUCAUGUAUGCAUGUGUAUUUAUAUAUAUAUAUAUAUAUAUAUAUAUAUAUAUAUACACACACAUUAUAUAAACAAACUUUCAUUUCGGAUGUGAUUAAUUGAUUUGACAGCACUAAUAUACGUCUGUUUAUAUAUUUUUUUAUAUAUAUAUAUAUAUGAUAUUGUUUUUACAAACAAGUAUGAUUUGAAAUUCUUUUCUGACAACAUUGAUUUUUAAACGUUUUACCCUCAGAUAUUGCUAAAACAUGCAAUUUAACACACAGACAGUAUAUCUCAUGUUUCUGGACAGUGUAUUAUAUUAAAGCGAUCCCUUGUGUCUUUUGAGAAUAUAAUGCUGUUAAAGGGAGUCUAAAAAGUUAAAUGUAUCACAUCUGUCAAUGCCACCGUGGCUUUGACGUCAUCCAGACUCAUGCUUCAUGUGUCUUUAACUCUUCGUACUGCCGUCUUAUACAUUUUCAGAUUACAGUGAAUAAUUUUUUUUUUUAUAUGCUGUUAAAUGCCUUUUUUCUCCCACAUUGAUGUAGUGACUAAUUCAGGCUCAUGCUGUAAGUAACUCCUGUGUUUAAGUGUCUGAUCCAGCUCGCUGUAGCGCUCUGUUGUAAAGAUCUGCUCAGUUAUCCUGAAGCUAUCUUGCAAGUGUUUUCCAUCGUACGAGUGAGUUCAUCAACAAGAAGUGACUUGAAUAGCAGGUGAAAAGAAAACCACCGUCUCUAGUGGUUUACAGGUCCUGUGAGGACUGAAUCAGCUGAUGUGGAUGAAAGCAACUAAUUAUUAACAAAUCUGAAUUUUGUGCUACAAGUCACAUUGAAAUGUAUAACUUGCAUGGGUAGGAAUGUAAACUUUUGCCUACUUUUUUGUUUGUUUUUUUGAUUAAUACAUAAACACUUGCAUAGAAAACUCCCCUAGCUUUCCUUGAUUGUCGCAAUUAUUUUCGAGCUUCCUUUUUUUAUGUAAAAGCUGGCUUCACCAUAUUUCACCUUUUGAUGGUAUAAUGUAUUUUUAUUUGUAAUGAAUACAUAAACUUCAGAAAAUGGCUUGGAAUGAUUUUAAAAAAUUGCAUUUUGCAUUAAAUUAUUAUAUAUAUAAAUAUCAGAACAAGGGGUUUGUGGGGGGGAUUUAGGGGUCCAUAUAGAUACGAAUACUUAGCUGUUAAAUGUGAUUGGAGGGAAGUGGCCCAGCUAAUCUAAUAAGGGUUUCCUUCUGGCAAGAUGUAGUGCAGAUGGAUUUAGCUGGAUUUGGCUUCUCAUUAAAUAUACUCUCAUUGCUCUUCUUUGAAGGUACUCUCCAACUCCUUCAUAUGUAUUUUCCGACUGUAUGAUGUAAUAUAAUGUUUUAAGAUGAAUAAAUGAGCUACAAGAAUGACCAA